CACAACCGCGAACAUUGUGCGAGCGCGAACAUUUUUGACAGCGAACAACGACGAACACGGAAUGUCUCCCUCAAAAUCGUAAAUAAAUGGCCACCGUUGUUAUUACGUUUUUCCUCUUCACUCGAUAUUGUGUUUAUAAAAUGGACGCCGAUUGCAUAGACAGACGAAGGGAUCGUAUUUUGUCCCGACGCGAGAAACGCUGGAGCAUGAAUUCACAAAGACUAGAAGAGAUCGUGGCGGAGCUGAUGAAGCCCAUCAGCGACGUCCGCCGCAGCUUCGACACGGACCUCGGCGCGUUGUUGGAGGAAUACCUGACGGAGGCGGGCCUGCACGCGCUGGAGGCGGGCGAGGGCGACGACGAGGUCGCGGCCGCGGGCGCCGCGCCCAACUUCGCCGAGCUGGCGCUGCUGCUGCAGCACUCGGCCAGCCUCUACGGCCGCAAGGUGGACUGCCUCUACCAGCACGUGCUGUCCGUCAGCGACGCGCUGCAGCAGAGCGCGCUGGAGCUGGAGCGGAGCGCGCUGGAGGCGGACGCGGAGGCGGAGGGCGCGGGCGGCGCGCGCAAGCGGCGGCGCGCCUCGGCCGCGCAGGCGGGCUUCGCGGCGCUGGAGCUGGCGCCGUGCCCGGGCGCGCUGCGCGAGCCGGCCGCCGCGCGCCCGCCGCCCACGCUGCCGCGCGCCUACAUCGAGCUCGAGCCGCGCCAGCCGGGCGCCGCCGACCGCCCGCUCACCGACUACGACGCCGAGCCCGUGGGGCUGCUGGCCGACUUCCACGUCUCGUGGCGCCUGCAGAACGGCACGCUGGUCGACGAGCUCGAGGGCUGGGGCGGGGCCGCGGGCCGGAGCCUGCGGCCGAUCCCGCUGAUGGAGCUGCAGGCGGCCGUCGAGGCGGCGGCGCCGCCCGCGCUGCCGCCCUCGCCGCCGGACCCGCCGGCGCCGCCGUCGCGCGAGCCGUCGCCGGCGCCGCUGUCGCCGGUGCCGCUGCACGCCAGCACGCCGCUGCCGCCGCCCGAGCGAGUCAAGAAGGAGAGGAAAAGGAAGAUGGACGGCAGCACGGACGAUUUGGUCGGAGGGUGCUUCAAAAUUAUGUUAAAUAAAGAGCUGCGGCGCAAGCUGCGCAAGCGCUCGGAGUUCGGCGUGGAGGAGGCGUGGGUGCGCGGCGUGGUGGCGGCGCGCCGCGCGCUCGUGCGGGCCCUGCGCGCGCGCCUGCGCCUGCCCGACACACAUUUCCGCGGUUUCGACGAGAGCGAUCUCGACAUAGGAGGUUUCGCCGGCUGGAGCUCCGGGGAGGCGGCCACGGCGCUCGAGUGCCGCUCGGGCCUGGCGACGGCGGCGGCCACGGCGGAGGCGGCGGCGGCCGAGGGCGACAGCGACGACGACGGCUUCUUCGAGCGCAGCUCGCUCGGCGACUCCGACGCGUCGCGCGUCGACGACUCCUCGCUCGCGCCCCCGCCGCUCGCCGCGCCCGACGAUUCGGGCGCGUGGUCGGCGUGGCAGGCGGGCGUGCUGGCGCGCGCGGCGGCGGGCGAGGCGCGCGGGCUGGACGUGCGCGAGCUGGCCGAGCGCGNGGCGCCGGCGCUGCCGUGCGACGCGCUGCUGCGCGCGGCGGCCGGGCGGCGCGCCGACGUGCCGGGGCUGUUCCUGGCCACGCUGUUCCUGGCGAACGCGGGCAACGUGGAGGUGCAGCAGGGCGCGCCGCUGGCGCUGAACGCGUUCUCGGUGCGGCUGCUGUCGGCGGACGCGGGGCUGUACGCGGCGGCGGCGCGCGACGACCCGCACUUCCUGCGGUGAGCCGCGGCGGCGCCGGGAGCGACGCGCGGGACGGAGCCGCGUCGACGGUCGAUGUGACGUCGUGUCGUGAAAUAUGAGCGAGCUGAAUGUGUCGGAAUCGCCGAUCAAUCGAUGGAACGGAUGUCGUUUCGUUACCGAGAAUAAUAUUUGCAACGUCGACCGUCGAGUAGAAAAAUCGCUCGUUCGUUUUCCGCUGCAGGAGCACCGCCCUCCGCUCCCCAGGCUGGCGAAAGGGGUUGGGAGGGAGAACGACAUAUUUAAAUGUUACACUCGAAAGGAGGCUCACGGCUGUGAAGU